AUGGUCAAACAUGGGCGAAACAAGAAACGACGAGCAGGGCGGAUUGGAAAGACCAAACUAAAGAAUAAAACAUACAAGAGAUGGAACCCCUCACCUAAAUUUGGCAACGAUGUCAUUAAAGCAAAUUGGGACAAUACCAAAUCGCCGUCACAGAAUUUGGCCAGUUUGGGGCUUUUGGCCAAACCCAACCAAGACGUCAAACGACCGAAUGAACAACAAGGAUAUGAUCCAAGCAAUACACCAUCUUUGGUUGAACUCUUUGAUAUUCCUGAUUCGGACUCCAUGAAAGUACGAAAGGAAUAUCCAAUGGAGGAGGAUGACCAAAAGUACAUUGCCAAGUGCAUGAAGAAAUAUGGAACGGAUUAUGGAAAAAUGUUCCGUGACCACAAAAUCAACAAGAUGCAACACACGGAAACUGUACUCCGAAAAAUGGGGGCUAGGUUCUUGCUGCUGUCGGCUGAGCAAAGAACGGUAGAUAUUCCAGCAAAGGCCCAACAAGAAUAG